UUUCUGGGGAAGUGCGCUGGGGUUUCGGGGGUACUUAUUAAGGGAACAGGCGAGAGGGCCAGGCUGGCUUAGUUGAACUUCCAUCUGCAGGCUAUACUUUGGAGUCUCUGCUGUCUGUCUCUCUGUGGUUUGACCCCCUCUGAACACCAGCAUCAUGCCUACCGACGCGCAGACUGACGCACGCUCCUUCUUGAGCGAGGAGAUGAUUGCGGAAUUCAAAGCUGCCUUCGACAUGUUCGACACUGACGGUGGCGGUGACAUCAGCACCAAGGAGUUGGGCACCGUGAUGAGGAUGCUGGGCCAGAACCCAACAAGAGAGGAGCUGGAUGCCAUCAUUGAGGAGGUGGACGAGGAUGGCAGCGGCACCAUCGACUUCGAGGAGUUCUUGGUCAUGAUGGUGCAGCAGCUUAAAGAGGAUCAGGCCGGAAAGAGCGAAGAGGAGCUGUCAGAAUUCUUCAGAGUGUUCGACAAGAAUGGCGAUGGCUUCAUUGACCGUGAGGAGUUUGCAGAGAUCCUGCGCUCUUCCGGAGAGCCAGUCUCAGAGGAGGAGAUCGACGAGCUGAUGGCAGACGGCGACAAAAACAACGAUGGCAAGAUUGACUUUGACGAAUGGCUGAAAAUGAUGGAGAACAUUCAGUAGAACAGAGAACAUUCCUCUCCGUUGCCCUCUGCUGGUGAAGACAGGAACAGCACUCGUAGACCGCAGCAUUGGGACAGAAGGGCAGAGGCACUGGGAAAGCCCAGGGAACAGACUGGCCUCCUGCUACCACUGCUUUUGGGAAGGAGUAUAAAUAUCUCUCCCCAGCCUUCUGCAAGGAACCCCUACCCCCAGCUGUCUUCCUCUACACCUGUUGCUGCUCAAGAAACUUGCUAAUUUCACCCCUCCACACAGACACACACACACACGCACACACACACAGACACACAGACACACAAACUCGCAACCUCUCCAAUAUGCCAUGUACAGAAUGCCUUCCGAAAUAAACCAGUUUCUAGCUUUG